GAAAACACACAAAAUAAACGAAAUAACAAUGGACUACUACUUCCUUCUCUCUCUUCUCUUCACAUUCUCUCUCUCUACACUUACAUUCUUCCUCCUCCGACGAGUCACCACCACCGCCACCCGCCGGAAAACCCACCAUCCUCCAGGAACCGUCGGUUUACCAUUCAUCGGAGAAACACUCCAACUCAUAUCCGCUUACAAAACCGAGAACCCUGAACCCUUUAUCGACUCACGUGUUAAAAAAUACGGGACCGUCUUCACAACACAUGUCUUCGGUGAGCGAACCGUUUUCUCAGCUGACCCGGAAACCAACCGGUUCAUUUUGCAGAAUGAGGGCCGGUUGUUCGAGUCGAGUUACCCCGGUUCGAUAGCAAACUUGGUUGGGAAACACUCUUUGUUGUUCAUGAGAGGUUGUCUUCAUAGACGAAUGCAUUCUUUGACCAUGAGCUUUGCUAACUCUACUAUUAUUAAGGACCAUUUGUUGGUUGAUAUAGACCGGUUGGUCCGGCUCAACUUGGAUUCGUGGACCGGUCGGGUUCUACUCAUGGAGGAAGCAAAGAAGAUAACGUUUGAGUUAACAAUAAAGCAACUAUUGAGCAUCGAGCCAUGUGAGUGGACCGAGAAUUUAAGGAAGAUUUAUAUGCGAGUCAUUGAAGGAUUCUUCUGCAUUCCUAUUCCAAUGUUCUCCAUCACAUACCGUCGUGCUAUAAAGGCGAGAGAAAGGGUGGCGGAGGAGUUUAGUUUAGUGGUGAGGGAGAGGAGGAGAGAGAGUGAAAGAGGGACGAAGAAAAACGACAUGUUGGCGGCAUUGUUUGACAGUGGAGUUGGUUUUACAGACGAAGAAAUUGUGGAUUUUUUGGUGUCUCUACUUGUAGCGGGGUAUGACACCACAUCAACUACCAUGACCCUUGCAGUUAAAUUCCUAACCGACACACCAUUGGCUCUUGCUCAACUCAAGAAAGAACAAGAUGAAAUUCGAGUGAGAAAGACCGACUCAGGGCCUCUCGAAUGGGAAGACUAUAAAUCCAUGCCAUUCACACAAUGCGUGAUUAAUGAAACAUUGAGAGUCUCCAACAUUAUUAGCGGCGUUUUCAGAAGAACGAUGGCAGACGUUGACAUUAAAGGUUAUAGAAUUCCUAAAGGAUCCAAAGUGUUCACUUCACUCCGGGCAGUUCAUCUUGGUCAAGAAAAUUUCAAUGAUGCUAGAGUUUUUGAUCCUUGGAGAUGGCAGAAAUCUUCAAAUCCAACAAACUUCAUGCCAUUUGGAGGAGGGCCAAGGAGAUGCCCUGGGAAUGAGCUAGCCAGAGUCGCGCUCUCGGUUUUUCUUCACCAUCUUGUUACUCGGUUUAGUUGGGAGCCCGCAGAAGAUGAUAAAUUGGUGUUUUUCCCCACAACAAGAACUCAGAAGCGAUAUCCGAUCAUCGUGAAACGUCGUAGUAAAGCAAUCAAGCCAUGUAAAGAAUUCGAAAAGGAAAGCUUGAGCGGGGCAAGAUUUUGAAGUUAAGAUGCGAUGAUAUGUAACGAGAACUUCAGUAUUUAAGUUUAGGAUAUUAUAUAUUCACAUAUUGUUUUAUAUCCUCAUUUCUCACAUGAAAAAGUCAUGUUGAAUAGAGCUAAUUCUUUUGUAAACAUGUUCUAGCAUAUAAAUCAUGUUGGCCGUGCUUUGAGGUGGAGACACAAAUAUGGAUGCUAAAAUAUUAACAUGCAUGAUGAUAACUUGAGUAAAUUUGUUGUAA